UGGUGGUUUUACUCACAUCUGUGUCUCCGCCGCGCUGCGUCACCCCCUCCCCAUGGGCGGUGGCGCGGCCGGGGGGCCUGGUGACGUCAUUGAGGGGCGGAACUGGCUGGUUGAGUUUGGCCGAGGGUCGGAUCGGGGUGUCGGCAGCGCCGCGCUCCCUCCGCCCCACAGCGUGCGGGGCUGCCCUUUGUCGGUGCAAUCGGCGGCGCGGCGCGGAGAGCGGCGGGCCCCGGCCGCAGGCAUGACAUCCCAGAUCGGCAGCCAAGUCUGUGCAGAGCCAGCCCCCGGAGCAGCGGUGAUGUCUGAGCCGCCAAAGAAGAGACAAAGAACAGUGGAGGAUUUCAACCAGUUCUGUACAUUUGUGUUGGCUUACGCUGGCUAUAUCCCGUAUCCUAAGGAGCACGACCCCUGGGCACAUGCAAGUCUGAGUCCUCGAAACAGCACGGGCAGCACGUUGGACAGUGACAGCUGGGAGUCCUCGAGAUCCUCGGACUCCCACAUCCUGCACUGUGGCAAGAAGAUAAAAUGCACGGGGACUAAAGAAGGGACGAAGCGGGGGAGGUCGGACAGCUUCUUACUGGAGCGGCCGAGUUUCGCUGGUUCCCUGUUCAACAGCCCCGAGAAGCUCAAGUCUGAGAAGAUCAAGAAGAAGAAGGUCUCUGUGAAGAAAGUCGGCCUGGAUGGGGCGAGGAGGAGGAAGAGUCCUGAAGGAGGGAAGAGAAUCAGCUUGGAAACUGUCAGGAAGGUGAUGGAAGUGUCCCGACCACCAGCCGAACUCCCCAGGCCUGUUGAGGUCUACCAGGCCAUCGAGAAGGCACCACAGAGCGAAACAGAGUCCGAUGAGGAAACACUCAAAAUCGCUCUGGAAGCUGAGGAGAUCUGCAAACCAAUCCCAGUGCAGGAAGAGCUUGAGAAGGAGCCAGCAGAUGCUGGAAGAAGCUUGGUGAGCGAGCCAGUGAAAGAGGCUCGGGGGGAUCAGGAGAAAGACGACGAGCCAGAUGGAAAGAGGGAGGUAGAAGAUGGGAAGGAAGUGAAGGAAGAAGAGAAACCCAGCAAAGAGCUGGACACUGGAGCGGUGGAUGGGACCACCGUCAGUUCGGGUCCUCCUGAUGCAGCUCCAACAGAGAACCUCAAGAUUGAAGAAGACGAUUCCUGGGAUCUAAUCACGUGUUUCUGUAUGAAGCCUUUUGCGGGCAGGCCAAUGAUUGAGUGCAACGAGUGUGGAACUUGGAUCCACCUCUCCUGCGCUAAAAUCAGGAAAUCAAACGUUCCCGAAGUCUUCAUCUGCCAGAAGUGCAAAGACUCCAAGCAAGACAUCAGGAGGUCAAACCGGGCUCGGACUGGGCCCAAGAAACGGUUCAGCGAAUAGCUGGGCACAGGCCUGGCGAUUGUGGCUGGCCUUGUGGACAAUCAGGAACACUGGGAACUGAGAAACACUUUGGUUCUGGUCCCACAUUGAAGAGAUGCCUUUCUGAUGAGGCACAAAUGGUGCAGGAUUCACCGUGCAUUGAAUGUGUAUAUAAUCCAAGCCCAGGAACUGAGGCACACCAUUCAGUCCAACUGUUCCGUCGUCCCUUGUUUCUUCGAUGGGAUUCUUAUUAAAAUCUGGGGCUUGGAGGAUGGACCAAGGCGGCGAUAUCUUCUGCGCUGCCCUAUUUGACUCUGAUCUGUGGUUUCACUGACUAUGAAGCAGGACUUCUAUGUAAAGAGAUGCCAUAGAUUAUUUGUUACUGUAAGUGUGGUCUCUGCCCAUUGUCAAUGGAAGAGUUCGGGGGUGAUCGUGGUUUGGGGAGGGGCUGACGGUGAGGGGCAGGGGUACUUUGUAGUGCAGAGGACUCUUCUUGAGUUGGCUUGGAGGGAGAGCGGGUGGCAUCUGAGCAUCCUUGUCAGAGCAGUGUUGAUUUGCACAUUGCCUGUCAAGAUGGAAAAAAACACAAUACAGACCUCUCCUGAGCCCCAGUUAUAGCCCACCAAAGAUCAAAGGGCACGUGAGUCACCCUGGGUCCCGAGCUUGGCGAGGCUGAGGUUUCCAUGACUGAGUCCUGCACACAUUUAACUUUGGAAGCUGGGCUGUGUUCCACAAGCCCCACUUGGUUUCUCCCCACGCCCUGCCGUUGUUAUACAAAGAAGUGCAAUUAAAGCUUGAGAUAUGUUGCCCGUCAGACAAUGGGGACGAGAAGUUAGUGAUGGCCGUGUUUCUGGGCCAUGGUUCGUGUCACUUGCUGAGUCUUUAAUCCAACACGUGUAAUUGGCCUGUGGAGGGUAGUCAGGGGUGCCCUCACCUUGGGGAAUUUCCCACACUCUGUCCCUCUGAUGUUACCUGGGGCCCGUGAGCAAGGUGUCGGAGGGUGUAACACUAAGUGGCCUGCAGUGAUGCAGGGGCAGGUCACCACCAGGAAUCCGCAGCCUGGUUGUGGGAGCAGGAGUGGCUGGCGAAUUCUGAGCUCGGUUGCGUGGCCGGGAUACUUCCAGCCGUGCACUGCCUUAAUUGAAUCUUUGGCCACGCAAUAACACACACAGCCAGUUUCCUGCUUUGCUCCCCCCCCUUGACCUUCUCCCUGCCCCCGUCACUGAAGGCACUGACUGGCACUGUAUUCCCAGAUAACCACGUUGACACAAGGCAGGGCAGGGGGAGUUGGCUGUUUGUCAGUACGGCCAUUUCUGGAGGCACAUUUAACAAUACAGACCGGGAGAAGUUGCUACAGCCCAGAGGGUGGGGUCUGAUCCAACACUCGAGGCACAACCCUCUCACUUCCUGGCAUCUUGGAAGGGUUUUAACGUCACUGAGCAGGAAUUUCAGGUACAGAAACGUGCUGGGAGUGCUUCGUGAUCCACAGAGCCUUCUAUCCCCCGCUGCUUUGUUUAGCUGAAGCUGUAUUGUUCUCCAGUAUCAGGUUAGUGGAGUUUUAUAGCACAAGCCUACUGUUGGAAUUUCACUCGCUUGAGUUAAACCGAUCUGGUUUUAGUUCUAAGUGCACUUUCCACUCCAACCUGAUGGGAGCUUCUGAUAUUUUUGGGGGGAAAAUCGGACAUGACGUUACUUUUCCUCGGGCAGAGUUUUAAACACCGAUGGAUGUUUCUUUCCUAUUUUGAGGAACUUGUGUUUUCAGGAGAGGUGUUGGUGGAUGGACUGCCCCUGGUGGCGUAGCAAGUUGCUGCUCUGCACUGAGGUCAUGGGGGUUGGUCUCCAACACCCCUCCAGCCCACGUCACCAGACAGUGCACUCAUGGUGGCUUUAGCCCAGGAAAAAGUUGUGUUCCGCCUCUGCAGUUGAAUAGCCAGCCGAUGAUACCUGGGAGAAGAGUAGAGGAGUGAGCCCAGUGACUGCAGCCCCUCAGUGGGAGCCAGAAUCACCCAGGAGGAGGCAGUGGUGGGGGGAGGAGUGGAGGGGCUGAUGGUGAUGGAGUAGGACGUGGUCAUCUCUGCAGGUACCUGCCCUUGUAAAGUAGCCCAGAGAGUUUUUAAACUGCAAGUAAUGUUACAUCUGGGUCUUGUAAUUUAGUCCAGUGUUAAACUUUGCCAUUUAACGGUCCAUUUGUAAAUAGCUUUGAAAUUCUUCUGUAAAUAAUGUUCUGAAAAGGAACAGAAGGUAUUAUGGGGUAGAAGUGAAGUUUUGGGAUUGUGGUUUGAAUUGCACUAAACCUUUAACCACAAGAUCCAUGGAGGGAUAGUGCUCAGCGUGGGUUGUCCUGUACAAAUGUAAGAUACGUGAAGCCUCCAGUUGUAAAGUGCAGGCUGUUUAAGAUGUUCCCAUUUUAUUCUGUAAGGCCUGCUUCUGUGGAAAGGAUUUGUAUUGCUGUAAGGUUUGGAUGAAGGAGGAGACUCGAGAGAUGGAAAGGGGGAGAAAAUUCAUUUUUAAAGUCUCUUGCUGACCCUUCCCCCACAUUCAUCUUACCCCUCCUUUCCUCUUUACCCCUUCCCCUCCCUUCCCCCAUAUCACCAUGGUUACUGGUUUUUCUACUCUUGGGAGGCAAAAUAAAUCUACAUGG